GAGGUGCAAGGUUGGGGGAGGGGUGGCGGCACCCGGUUCAGCACCUCGGAGAGCUCCCGCCCGGCCUUGUUUUGCUCAGGAAUCACCGCCUGGGGAGCAACUCGGUGGGCAGCGGGCGGAGCUGCAGAGGGAUGGCUGCAGUGGGGUGGAGGGGCCCCUGUGGGCAGAGGGUCCAACCGUGAUUCGGUGUGGUACCAGGACACAGGGCGGGAGGGGCAGCUGGCGGCAGCAGCAGUGACCACACAUCUGGAUGGAAGCGAGCUUUGUCCAGACCACCAUGGCUCUGGGGCUGUCCUCCAAGAAAGCGUCUUCCCGCAAUGUGACAGUGGAGCGGAGGAACCUGAUCACCGUGUGCAGGUUCUCUGUGAAAACACUGCUGGAGAAGUAUACAGCAGAACCCAUUGAUGACUCAUCUGAGGAGUUUCUGAAUUUUGCAGCCAUCUUAGAGCAGAUCCUCAGCCACCGUUUCAAAGCCUGUGCCCCAGCAGGUCCAGUGAGCUGGUUUAGCUCAGACGGGCAGCGGGGCUUCUGGGACUACAUCCGGCUGGCCUGCAACAAAGUGCCCAACAACUGCGUGAGCAGCAUUGAGAAUAUGGAGAAUAUCAGCACAGCCCGAGCCAAGGGCCGGGCAUGGAUCCGGGUGGCACUGAUGGAAAAGCGCAUGUCAGAAUAUAUCACAACAGCUCUGCGGGACACCCGGACCACCAGGCGUUUCUACGACUCUGGGGCCAUCAUGCUCCGAGAGGAGGCCAUGGUUCUCACUGGGAUGCUGAUUGGACUGAGCGCAAUAGACUUCAGCUUCUGCCUAAAGGGUGAAGUUCUGGAUGGGAAGACCCCCGUAGUCAUUGAUUAUACACCCUAUCUGAAGUUCACCCAGAGCUAUGACUACCUGACUGACGAGGAGGAGCGGCACAGUGCAGAGAGCAGCACCAGCGAGGACAACUCGCCCGAGCACCCGUACCUGCCGCUAGUGACCGACGAGGACAGCUGGUACAGCAAGUGGCACAAGAUGGAACAGAAGUUCCGCAUCGUCUAUGCACAGAAGGGCUACCUGGAGGAGCUGGUGCGCCUGCGCGAGUCGCAGCUGAAGGACCUGGAAGCAGAGAACCGGCGGCUGCAGCUGCAGCUGGAGGAAGCGGCGGCGCAGAACCAGCGCGAGAAGCGGGAGCUGGAAGGCGUGAUCCUGGAGCUGCAGGAGCAGCUGCCUCACACCCCUCCCCAUCCCAGGACAGGUCUGAUCCCUGGUGACCACGCUCCCCUGGCCCAGGGUUCCAAGGAGCUCACCACACACUUGGUCAACCAAUGGCCGUCCCUAGGAACACUCAAUGGAGCUGAGGGGGCCAACAACCCCAAGCUCUAUCGGAGGCACAGCUUCAUGAGCCCGGAGCCACUGUCUGCUGAAGCCAGUCUGAGCUCGGACUCCCAGCGCCUAGGAGAGGGCAAGCGGGACGAGGAGCCCUGGGGCCCUCUUGGGAAGGACCCCACGCCCUCCAUGCUGGGCCUCUGCGGCUCCCUGGCUUCCAUCCCCAGCUGCAAGUCCCUGGCGAGCUUCAAAUCCAACGAGUGCUUGGUGAGCGACAGUCCUGAGGGCAGCCCAGCACUGAGCCCCAGCUGAGGAGCAGCAUGGGCAGUGCCAGCCCCAUUGCAAGGGGCACAGACACCUGUUGCCUUUCCUCAGGGCCCCCAGACCAGACCACCCUUUCAAAGACACUGCAAUGCCGACCCAGCCAGGGUUCUUGGGGGGAAAGACAACCUUUGCCUCUUGCUCAUCUUAGCUUCCUGCCUAGAAGACAAAAGCUGUGAAGGGAAACUGGUUGGAAGGCAGAGAUACCAUGACCAUAGGAACCCUUGGGGAAGCCUGUCCUAGUCUUCUGGUGACCCUGAGGCCUGGCUGACCCCUGAUGGACUCUCCUUCACUCACCCUGCACCCUCCCCACACCUCUCCUUUCUGUCACUGUGUAUUCCUUGGAGGCCCUCCUUCCUUGGUUCCCCUAUUGGGAGGCUCCAACGGAACCAGGCAAAUAAAAAUCUGAGGACUGA